AUUUGAUUUAGAAGUAUCUUUUACAUAAAACGAGUCAAUGACUGAGUCAUAUUUUGAAUGCAAAGUAUCAGUCAACAAUAAUCCGUGUGCAUUGACCAUGAAGUCUAUGAUAAUAUUCAUCACAUCUUAUUCUGUUAUUUCUUAUUACUUUCGUCCUAACUCGAUCUCUAGUAAUUUCCUGAACUAUUUCAAUUUUCAACCAUACUUUAAACAAAGUUGCACUAAGUUAAUUUAAUUAUGAAAUUUCCACACUAUGCUUUUGAUGAAUAAGAGGUAGUAAUACAUUACAUACUACCCUCUUAAACUUAGUGUUUUUUCAUCACUGAAUUUAAUUCAUAUACCACUGCAAUAUCAAUUAUCCAUUCUUUGUUUCAGUCUUUGAAAAGUGAGAUAGAAAGUAAAGUGGUUGGUUGGUUAGUGUUGGAUUGGAUGAUGAAAAGUCCUAAGUUGGAAGAGGAAAGGAGGCUUGAAGAGGAGCUCUUGAUACCAAUCCUAAUGGGAGAGCAUGUGAUAAAGUUGGCGGAGGAAGCAAAAUCAUCCAAGGUAGAAUGUCGAGAACUGGCUAAGAAGGUGGAGGUACUCUGCAACAGUCUCCGAGGUGUCGUCCGAGUGGUUUCAGGGAACCACCAAUCGUUGAACGAGAGACCGAUCCAUCGCAUGGUGAAGGAACUAUUGAAGAAUUUGGAAAAAACGCUCGCGCUUGUGCGAAGAUGUAAGAAUCAAGUUGGUGUCGGUGUACUAAAACAUGUGUUAACGAUAAGGAGUACCAGUGAUUUUCGAAAAGUCUGGAAUCUUCUGGAAUCUUCGAACGGCGAUAUGAUGUGGUUGCUGAGCAUUUUUGAGUCUAGAGGGACUAAUAUUGCGCUCUCUCCUAUUACUAAUAAUGAUCCAAUCUUGGCGUGGGUGUGGACUUAUAUUUAUACCCUUCAGCUUGGUAACCCUAACGAUUGUGCUGAUGCUGCAACGGAACUAGGUGCCCUCGCUCAAAUUACUGACCGGAACAGGUUCAUCAUCAUGGAGGAAGGUGGUGUUUUGCCUCUGCUCAAGGUUCUUAAAGAUUCUGCUUUCCCUGAUUGUCAAGUUGCAGCUGCCAAUGCUCUUGCUAACCUUGUUUCCGAUGAUCAACAAAAGAUCGUUGCAUUCCUUCUCAACAACCUUGCUGUUCCUGUUAUUGUUCAGGUUCUAUCGGAUGCUGUAUUUAGAGUCCGUGUUUCUGUUGCUAAUUUGGUCAGUGCUAUGGCUGAUCAAGAGCCUCUUGCUCGCGAGGAGUUUAUUAAGGCUAAUGUGACGAAACCUCUUGUAUCAUUGUUGUCAAUUGAUACUGUUCUUGCUGAACCUAUCGCUGCUCGAAAUGGUAUUCAUUCGGUGGUUCAAAAUUUAUCUGAGGCUGAUUCUGAUGGAAGCAGUGGCAGAGGAAGAGAGGCUGAUCAGAGCCCUGAAUUGAGGAAUGAUGUUAAAGUUAGUUGUGCUAAGGCUCUUUGGAAACUCUCCAAAGGGUGUCUUUUGGCUUGCAAGAAGAUUACUGAGACUAAAGGCUUGCUUUGUCUGGCUAAGAUUGUUGGGUCUGAGAGUGGAGAAUUGAGACUCAAUUGUCUCAUGGCUGUUAUGGAAAUUGCGGCCGUGGCAGAAUCCAACGUUGAACUUAGAAGGGGCGCUUUAAAAUCCACUGCGCCCGCGUCAAAGGCGGUUUUGAAUCAGCUUUUAAGAGUGAUUCGACAAGAGAAUGAUUCUUCGUUGCUGAUUCCUGCCAUCAAGUCAAUUGGCUCCUUGGCCAGAAACUUUCCUGGAAAGGUUCCUCAUGUUCUCGGUCCUUUAGUUACACACCUUGGAAACAAGGAUAUGAAUGUGGUAAGUGAAGUUAUCAUUGCCUUGGUAAAAUUUGUGUGUGUCGAAAAUUACAACUGCGUCGACCAUUCUAAGGUAAUACUUGAGCUUGAUGGAAUUCCUAAGCUAAUGAUUCUUUUAAAGAUAAAUGGUCGCCAACAAGUGUACGGCCUAAAAUUACUUUGUUAUCUCACCUUAAAUGUUGGUAAUAGUAAGGUUCUCGAGCAAGAACGUGUAUUGAGUACGUUAGACAAGCUUGGUCAUCUUGUUCUAGCUCAAAAUCCUGAUUUGAAGGAACUAUUUGCAAAGGCGAUUCAUCACCUCACUCUUUAUCAGCCAGGAGUUCAAUUCCACAGACAGCCUUUGGUAUAUGGACUAUAAGUUCCAUUGAUUUAGUUAAUCAAAAUAAUGAUCCUGUGAGUUUUUCACAUGGCAAAGUAAAAGUGUAUUGUACUUUGUAAUUAAAUAAAAUUAAUCAUCCAAUUUAUACA